AUGCAAUUUAUCCCCCAUUACUUGCUGGGUCUGGCGUGGCUGGCAAACGCUUCCUCCACUCCGUCAUUGACCAAUUCCAGUGCGACUGACAUUGCUACCCGUGAUGUUAAUGGGUUUCGUUCCGUGGCUUACUUUGUGAACUGGGGCAUCUACGCUCGCAACUUCCAGCCUCAAGAUAUCCCAGCGGAGCGGCUUACCCAUGUCCUCUACGCAUUCGCCAAUGUCCAAGUCACCGGCGAAGUGGUUUUAUCAGACCCGUACUCGGACACUGAGAAGCACUACUCUACUGAUUCCUGGAACGACACCGGAAACAACGCUUAUGGUUGUAUCAAGCAGCUUUUUCUGCUCAAGAAGAAAAAUCGCAAUCUUAAGAUUCUUCUGUCGAUUGGAGGCUGGUCCUAUUCUGCUAACCUAAGAAAAGCCUUUGACUCUGAGGCCGGACGCCAGAAGUUUGCAGAUAGCUCUGUCGAGAUGCUGCAGAACCUGGGAUUUGACGGUAUUGAUGUUGACUUUGAAUACCCUAAAAAUGAUACCGAAGCGGACCAAUAUGUUGAUGCCGUACACCGUCUUCGUGAGGGAUUGGAUUCAUACAGCUCGGCCAAUGCAGACGGUUAUCAUUUCUUACUCACGGUCGCAUCUCCUGCCGGCCCUUCAAACUACAAAAAAGAGCACCUUGACCAGAUGGACAAAUACCUGGACUUCUGGAACUUGAUGGCCUACGAUUACGUCGGGUGCUGGGAUACCAAUAAAAAUUGCCAGGGCGUCGUAGUCGGCCAUGAUGCCAACCUCUACGCAUCCAAAAGCAACCCUAGUAGCACCCCCUUCAAUACUGACCAAGCAAUUGAUUACUACGUCUCGCAUGGGGUGGCGACUAACAAGAUUGUUCUGGGUAUGCCUCUGUAUGGCCGAGCCUUUACUGGCACCAACGGUCUUGGCCAAUCUGCAAACGGUGUUGGACUUGGUAGCUGGGAAAACGGUGUGUGGGACUACAAAGCUCUACCCCGGACCGGUUGUGCGGUUACAAAUCUGGACGAGGAAGCUGCUAGCUACUGUUACAACUCGGACUCGCGUUUAUUUAUCAGUUAUGAUACCCCUGAGGUUGCGCGCAUGAAGGGUGAGUACAUCAAGUCCAAAGGUCUUGGUGGGGGUAUGUGGUGGGAGCUCAGCAGUGACAAAAAGGAUGCUGAUAGCUUAAUCACAACGGUUGUGCAAACCCUUGGGGGUACUGGAUCUUUGGACAAGAGCGAAAAUCAGUUGAGCUAUCCUGCAUCUAUAUAUGACAACAUCAGGUCUGGGUCUUGCUCCUAA